AUGCGCCACACGCUCCUCUCGCUGCUCUUCGUGGAGCAGGCUGCCCAGGGCUCUGUCCUUGCUCUGCCCCAGUUCUGGAUCAGCCAUUUCUCCAAGGAGCGCGGAUGCCUUUUUGGGGAGCAGCGUCUGGAAACAGGCCUGGGCACCACAUGUGCCCCCCCGGCUCCACGUUCGUCCUUUCUUGAGGAAGGUUGUACCUACGACGGAACGCAGAAAUCCUGGUGUGACGCUGGACGCGUUCCGAGGCGUGCCAACCUAAAAAAAGCUUGUUCUCAGAACACAAACAGAACCUGCCAAGAGUGCCUGAAAAAUGUCUCUUGUCUCUGGUGCAACACCAACAGGACGUGCUUGGACUACCCAGUGGCAAAACUCCUGCCACCCGCCUCCCUCUGUAAGCUGAGCUCCGCGCGCUGGGGCGUGUGCUGGGUGAACUUCGAGGCGCUGAUCAUCGCCAUGUCGGUGAUCGGGGGCAGCAUCCUGCUGGCGGUCGCCAUGUGCUGCUGCUGCUGCUGCUGCGGGACGAAGAGGAGCCGGAAGCCGGACAGAACCGAGGAGAAGGUCAUGAGGGAGCAGGAGGGGCGGCGCAUCCGGCAGGAGGAAAGGAGAGCAGAGAUGAAGUCGAGACACGACGAGAUCAGGAAGAAAUACGGUUUGUUUAAAGAAGAAAACCCUUACGCGAGAUUUGAAAACAACUAGAGCACACUCCCCGCCCGGCCGGUGGCGCAGGCGCGCGGAGCGGCCUGGGGGCAGGCCCGUCCUGUCCCGUGGGCUCUGUCCCUUCUCUGUUUCCUAUUUACUCGCUGCAGACCUCGAGCCCGCCUGGGGCCGUCUUCGUCUCUGCUGCCCAUCUGAGGAGGACUCGGUUUGGGAGCUGCUCGCUGACUCCACAGCCUGACACCCUAAGGCCUGCUCGUCCUUCCCCUCCCGCUGCGGCCACCGGUCUGCCCGGCCCUGCGUUCCCCUCCGUCUCUCCCGGGCUUCACACGGCCCUGGGGCCGGGGCCGACCAGUCCCCGUCAUUCCCCUGGAGGCAAGGGCGGCCUCGCUUCUGACCUGAGCUGCAGGGAAGAGCAUUGAGAGGCGACUGCACCUGAGAUCUUUUUAAAAAUAAUUCUUGGCGUUUAUUUCCCCGCCUAGAAGAUUGCACCAAAAAAACUUACCGUCAGAGUCGAGACCAUUUAUUGGGUAAUUUUUAAAUUUGCAUCUUUACUAGAACGUGAAGGUUGUUUUCCAGUGAAAACGUGAAUUAUAAAUGGAGUUUGAAACAACCUCCCUAAGGCAUUCGGUGGGUGCUCCUGUGUGCCGGCAACAGCUGUCGGUCCCGCGUGCAGUCACCUGUCCUCUGAGGUGCUCUCCCGGGUCUCUGAGGCUCUCCCUGCCAUGAGGUGGGGUGCGAGCUACGAGGAAGGCCCCAGGCCCUGUGCACCAGGAGGCGGGGGGCGGGGUCUCCACACGCCACACCCCCCGACCUGAGCCGCCCUUCUCUGUCCCGGGCAUUCACGAGACUGUCCUUCAGUUUCUCAUAAGGGCGUCGGUGGCCUCCAGGUGCCCUGUGGUGCCACAUUUCUUUCUGAUCGAGAGACGUGGCUUCAGUAUAGGCUGAGCGCGUGGCCGGGACGGCAGCAGUGACGUGCCUGGCCGCCGCUGUCCUUGAGUCUGGCCAGAGCCCCCUUUGCCCAGCUGCCUUGAAUGAGGAAGCAUUUGGCUUUGGGAAAGUCGGGUGCCCAGCACGUGGGAGACGCCACGCGCUCACCCCCCACGUAAGUUCAUGGGCCGGUCAGUAUGGCCGCAACAGCGCCAGACAGCCGACUGGCCUCUGCGGGCCUGUGCGGGAAGUAACCUCCGUACACACCGAGGCACUAACCUCUUGCAAAGCCUCCACCUGACUUCUCUGGCUUCUCUGACUUUUUCUCUGAUUUCUCGGGCAUUUUGUAGCAGUUCAGAGCCGUGUGAAACAUUCCUGAGUACUUUACAGCGGCCGCACACGUCGAUUCUCCGCUGUUUGUUCAUAGGAGAAACUUUAACGCGUCACAACCUUCCUGUUAGUGCGGUAGUUGCCAUGCGUGUGGCUCGCGGGCGCCUCGAGUCCAGUGUGUUGGGCGCCCCAGUGGGCCGGCCGCCCUGGCCCACGUGCCUUCUCCGAUGCGUGCUGGGAGCAGCCGGGUUACAACCUCCAGGAAACUGUGAUGUUUGGAGUGCCUUGAUUCUUACCCAUUUUCCAGUAAAUGAUUUAAUACAUGCUUUUGCUGAAUA